AUGCACUUUUAAUUCAUUAGGAAUUGAUCUAAGUGAUUAUUAUCCGAGCGUGGAAUGGGAUAUCCUCGGUGUUCCUGGCAAACGCCAUGAGAAAAGCUUUUUGACAGCACUAGUAUUUUAUCUGCCGUCGGAUGGUGGUGAAAAAAUUUCAUUUUGCAUAUCAAUUCUAAUCUCACUGACUGUAUUCUUCUUGCUUCUUGGUACUUUUUACAAUAUAUUAGCUGCUGUUAGUGAAUUUGCAUUUCUAGUUGAAAUAAUUCCAUCCACGUCGUUGGUCAUUCCGUUGAUUGGAAAGUAUUUGUUAUUUACAAUGGUACUGGUCACUUUAUCAGUUAUUGUUACAGUUAUCACAUUGAAUGUACAUUAUCGUUCGCCAUCAACGCAUAAGAUGCCAAACUGGGCCAAGCAAAUGUUUCUUGAAUGGCUGCCGAAGUACUUAUGCAUGCAGCGACCGCCACCGGUUCAGAUUCGAGUACCUGCCAAUAUUUCCAACGCCAUCGCAAUUUUAGAAAUUGACUGAAG